AUGGAGGUCGUUUCCUGCAGCAAGGCGGUGAGCGGCUUGGGCAAGCGCCGGCAGUGGGAAGCCGCCUUGCAGGUGCUGGAAGGCUUCGAAGCCGCGCGGGGGGAGGCCAACGUGAUCCUCUACAGUUCAUUGGGGUCAUGUUUCGAAAAGGCCCAGCAGUGGCUCAAAGCCGUGUCCCUUCUGCAAAAGGCGCAUGCCCAGACCAUCCAGGCUGACAGCAUCCUGCAAAACGCCGUGAUCAGUGCAUGUGCGAAGUCUGCGUGGCGACAUGCCUCUUUUCUGUUGUGGGACAUGCGGCAGCAGGCUUUACAAGCUACAGUGGUCAGCUACAACUCCGCAUUGAACUCUUGUUCGAAGGCCCGCUGGGCGACUGCAAUUUUCCUCCUCAGUCAUCUCCGCAAAAGUUGGGUGCGGGCAUCCAUUGUCACCUACAACUCGGAGAUAGCGGUGAUUUCCCAAUGGCGCAUGGCAGGCAGAUUCAUGAACGACCUGCGCGGCAAGCACUUGGAGCCCGAUCUCUUCACCUUUAACACGGCCAUGGCCUGCACUGCGUGGCAACAGUCUGCCCUGCUUCUCCAGAACAUGGGGCUCCAAAAGCUGCAAUCGGAUGCUGUCACCUCCGGGGCUGCUUUGUCCAGUUUCACCUGGGAUUGCGGGCUUCAUCUUUUGAACGGCGAGUGCGAGCUGAAUCAAAUCGGGUGCAACGCCUUCAUUGCCAACAGCCCCUGGCAACAAGCCGUGCGUUUGCUGCAAAGGGCCAAGAUGCUGAGCCUGAGACCCAGCCAGAGCACCUACAAUGCGUUGGCCGCUGGGCAAAGCUGGGACCAGGCCUUCCUCACCCUGCAGCACCGCAGAAGCAUCGAUCUCCCACCGGACCUGGUCACCUACAACAGCCUGAUGGCCCGUCAGCCUCACUGGCAAACACCCCUCAAGCUUCUGCGGCGGAUGCCACAGGCAUCUUUGGAGAUUGAUUUGCUCUCAUGCAGCUCCGCAAUCGGCGCGUGUCAGUGGUUAGUGGCAAUGACUCUUUUGACAAGGUUGCAAGCUGCAUUUCUUCAGUGCGAUGUGCCGCUGAAGAAUUCCAUCAUGAGCGUUUGUCAAGGAGGCUCUUGGCGGAUGGUCCUGGCUACAGACCUGGGCCUUCCGCUGGACGCGGUGGGCCACAACGAGGCCACCGUGGCCAGCCGCGGAACGCGCUGGGAGCGGACCUUGGGAUGUCUGACGAAGGCGCUGUGUCAGCAUCCGUUCGGCUCGCUGCUGGUGUCCCAGAACGCCGCCCUGAGCGCCUGCGAGCUGGAAAGCCAGUGGCGCCUGGCAGCCCGAAGUUUGGCGGACCUCGAAGAGCAGAACUUGGUGUCGCAGAACGCGGCGCUGAGCGCCCAUAAGGAGCAGUGGCGGCAGGCUGCCUCUCUGGUGAACCAACUGAGCGCCCGCAACUUGACGUGCAGCCUCAUCACGUACAACACACUCAUCGGUGCAUGUGAGAAGGAUCAGUGGCGCUUCGGGGUGCACUUGCUGGGUGAGCUGGGCCAGGGCAUGCAAGCAAGCGUCAUCACCUGUAGCGCCAUGGCGGGCUGUGCGGCAUGGCGGGCGACGGCGGCACUGCUGCAGGAGGUGGAGCCAAAUUACUUGAUCUACAGCUCCUUUGUCAGCUCCCUGGGCGCUGCCAACCAGUGGCGCCACGUACUCCAUACUUUGCGGGUCGAGGAACUUCAGUCUGACGUGGCCAGCUGCGCCGUGGCACUGAGCUGCUCACGCCAUGUGCCCGGCCUGGCGCAGGCGCUGGCCGCCCGCUGUGAAGCGCUCUUGCGGCGGAUGGCGCAUGGCAUGGCGCCGAUCCGCUUCCGACAGGUGGACGUUUUGUACUGCAAGCAGAUCUGCCACGGCGACUGGAGAAGGGCCUUGUGGCUGGUGUCCCAGCUCAAGAAUGAAGGGCUUCGCAGCAAUACCAUCAUCCUCAACGCUGCCCUGAAUGCCUGCGUGAAAUACCGGCAAUGGAGCAAGGCCGGCUGGUUGCUGGAAAAUGCCUGCAGCAACGCAGUGCCUGGUGACAUCAUCACCCACAACACCAUGGCCUCCUCCCCGGGGUGGUGUGCCGCUUUGCAGCUGCGGGACCGCAUCACUCUGAACUCGCAGCUACGGUUUGCCACUUGGCGCCGUGCGCUGGUCCUGCUGCAGGAAGCGUCACAGGUUUUCCUACAAUCAGACACUGUGACCUACAACACGGCGAUCAAUGCAUGCGACAGCUGGCCAACUGCGUCCCUGCUGUUGUUUGAAGCAAGCGCCAGGACACUUCAACUGGACGUGAUUUCUUGCACGGCGGCCAUCAGCAGUGACUGGCAGAGGGCCUGCGGGCUGCUUGAGCUGCUCACAGCUCGAGCUUUGGAGGGAAACCUCCAGACCUACAACAGUCUCUUGGGCCGCGCGCUUGAGCUGCGCUGGCUCCAGGGCCUUGCGCUCUUUGCAGUCAUUGCAAGCUGCAGGUUGGAAUUGGACAUCAUCAGCUACAACUCCGUGGCGAAGUCGGGCAGCUGGGAGCUGGCGGCGAGGUACUGGCAGCAAGCGGCUCAGAAGGCCUUGAGCCCAAGCCACGUCACCAGCAACACCCUCACCUCCAAAGGCGGAUGGCGCUUGGCGCUGGCGCCGUGGGACGCCGUGGGCUUCGGCGCCGCCAUCGCGGCGGCGCGCUGGCGCCGGGCGCUGGAGCUGCUGAGCCGGCUGGCCACGGUGGCCUGCGAGGCCAGCGCCAUAUCCUUGGGUGCGACCGUCGACACAUGUGCUCAAGACGGUCUGUGGAAGCGAGCCCAAACCCUCCUUGCGCACCCGUCCUGCUCGCGGGUCCAGCCGAACACCGUGGCAUGCAACGCGCUGGUCAAUGCAUGUGAGAAGUCCAGCCAGUGGCAGGGGGCUUUGAACAUCCUUGGCUCCUUUCAGGCAGACGUGGUGGGUUUCAAUAGCGCAGUCAGUGCGUGCGAGAAGAGCGAGCGAUGGCAUUCCGCAUUGUGGCUUUGCUGGCAUCCUUCAGUAUCUGCAGAUGUGGUAACAUGCAACGCAGCGCUCAGUGCCUGUGAGAAGCGCCGGCGCUGGCAGCAGGCAUUGCACUUGCACAGCUUGGUGCUUGAGCCGCUCACGACGACAUGCAACGCAGCAAUAUCUGCUUGUGAGAAGAGCCUGGGCUGGUGGCGUGCCAUGUCGUUGCUGGGCCACGCGCGAAAGCGGCGGGUAGCCGACGUGCUGUCUGUGAGCUCUGGCAUCGCUGCUGCUCGCGCUCACUGGCGGUGCGCGUGUUGGCUUCUUGGCGGGCCGGAGCUUGCCAUGCACGCAACUCACAUUGCUUACAACUCUGCAACUCUUGCUUGCCUCUGGCAAGGGCAGUGGCAGCCAGUCUUGGACUUGAUGGCGCACGCUCUCUCUCGGCAGGUGCCUGUGGACGUCGCCACCUAUGGGGAGGUGUUGCGUGCAUGUGCUGAUGGCAGCAGAUGGCACUCGCUGGCGUCCAUGCUGAGCCACGUUCAGCAUCAAGGCUGGCACUCCUUGGUGUACCUGGCGAAAUCGGACUAG